CCUGCAUCGGCUGCAGAAGUUGCGCGUGCAGAGGUGAAGCCAUCGACUGAUUCAAACAUUUAUUGUAAAGAGAUCGCCAUUAUCCCUCCUCUUUACCCCGCUGCGCGCACGCGCUCAGAACCGUAGAGGAGCGCAUUGGUGUGCACGUUGCGCGCGUGGUUCUCCCGCAGAAAUCACGUGGGAGCGACGGCUUUGCGUUUUGGUUCAUUUAAAAAGAGUUUUUUUAACUACUUUUAGCUGCAGAUCGCAAGAAGGAUUGAAGAGGACCUGAAGACGUAAGUGGCUAAGAUGACUGCCAUGACAAUUCAAUGAGAGGAGAGGACGCCGAGUGAACUACUGCCCCCCCACUGGCCUGGGAAGAAGGAGUGCUCAAGGUAAAAAGAGGAGAAGAAGAAGAGGAGCGAGGGAGGGCGAGAGAGAGAAAGCAAAGGAUCAACGGUGGAUGGAGGCGGCUUGGACCGGGGCUACGGAGCGAUCUCCAUCGACGAAGAAGAAGAAGAAGUACAGCAGCAGCCGGGAGGAGAAGAGAUGGAGACGAAAGGCAGGAGCUUACCUCCAGAUGUCAGCUUCCUGCCUCGCCCGGCGAUGGUGUGGUGCGAGCGGGGCAUCCAGGUGCUGCUGACCACCAUGGGGGCCUUCGCCGCCUUCGCCCUGAUGACGGUGGCCAUCGGCACGGACUACUGGCUGUACGCGCGCGCCUUCAUCUGCAACAGCACGGCCAACUCGUCCCAGGACGACGCCAACAACAAGGACAAGAAGGACCCCGGGGCCCUCACCCACUCGGGCCUCUGGAGGAUCUGCUGCCUGGAAGGCCUGAAGCGAGGUGUGUGUUCCCAGAUCAAUCAUUUCCCCGACGACGCAGACUACGACCAGGACUCUGCAGAGUAUCUGCUGCGCGUGGUCCGAGCCUCCAGCAUCUUCCCCAUCCUCAGCGCCAUCCUGCUCCUGCUUGGCGCGGUGUGCGUCGCGUCCAGCAACUUCUACAAGAGCAAAAGGAACAUCGUCCUCGGGGGAGGGAUCCUCUUCGUGGCUGCUGGCCUCAGCAACAUCAUCGGAGUGAUUGUGUACAUCUCGGCGGCCCUCAGCGACAUCUCCCCCAAGAAAGACGAGGACAAGAAGUGGCACUACUCCUACGGCUGGUCCUUCUACUUCGGCGGCCUGUCCUUCAUCCUGGCCGAGAUGGUGGGCGUGCUCGCCGUCAACAUCUACAUCGAGAAGAACAAGGAGCUGCGCUGCCGCUCCCGCGCCGACCUCUUCAAGAGCACCACGCACGCCGUGCUGCGACUGCCCAGCUACCGCUUCCGCCGGCGCUCCCGCUCCAGCUCGCGCUCCACCGACCCGCCGCGCUCGCAGGAGAACUCGCCCAUCGGCACGUCCAAGACCUUCAGCCUGCCGCCGUCGGCCCCGCCCUUCUCCGUGGCCACCCUGCCCAACCCGCACCACACCAGCAGCAGCGGGAGCGGAGGCGGCGGCGGAGGCGGCGGCGGCGGCGGCGACAUCUCCAUGUACACCCUGACGCGGGACUCCAAGCUGGGCAGCCUCGGCGGCGGCGCCCCGCCCCUCUACGGCACGGUGGACCGCGCCACGCUCUACCAGCUCCACAACUACUUCCCGAAAGACGGAGGCGGCGGAGCGGCGAUAAGCAGCGGCACGCUCCCGUCUCACUCCAAGUCCAACCUGGCGGCGGCGGCCGUGGCCCAGGCCGCGGCGCCGCUGAAUACCUCCACGUCGGCCGUGGCGCCGGCCCAGUCGGCUCCCAUAUCCACGGCCACCAUGGAGAGGGACCGGGGGAACAUGGGCACCCUGGACCGGCUGACAGCCAAGAGGGAGCGGGACAGCAACUCAGACACUCUGAACAGGAAAACCACGCCCGUCUAGAGCGAGGAGCGAGGGAGCGGGUCGAUGCGGAGGAGGUGCGGCGGUUGAAAAGAGCGGGAGGGCAGGGCCGGAGAUGUUCUCCAUCCUUGAGCCCGGGGGCAUCCAGCUGCCAUGAUUACUCACCGAUAUCAUUUACAGUCAUGGACAUUUUGCGCAAAUUCAUGACGACUGCCUUAAAAUGGUCAUGGCGUCAGAUUCAAAACGUUGUCAACGGCGCAGUAAAAUAAGUUUCAGUUUGGGGGGGUUAGUGCCUUGCUGAAAGGCGAGUGAGCUCAACAAUAUUCAUUUCACCCCUCUGCAAUGAAUCAACUCUACAACUCGAUGCCGGUAUUAAAAAGUAAAACGGAAUCUGGUUUAAAACGCGUCCAGUUUGGAAACCACCCAAUCAAGGCACUAAACACUUUAAAGCAUCACUUAAAUUAAAUAAAAACUCUGUUUUUAGAAAGAACAGUGAGCCACAGACGGGUACCUUCAGCUCGGUGAUCAGUUCAUUGCUAAUUUAAGGUCAAAGGAAGCUACUUAACCUCGGUCAUACCUUACCUACUGACACACACACACACCUGAGCCUGUCCCCUCUUCAUCGGGUCAGUUGCAGUGACCGAUGUCUUCACGCUUCACUCCGUCACACCACUGCCAGUUGUCACAGUUUGGUCAAACGACGCAACAAGUGUCCAUCUGAGGAGGACGCUUCGGUUCCUCCAGUCUUCGUUUAGACGUGAGAGGUGUUAGGAGACGGCUCUUCUUGUGCCUCGAGCUGUCCACACAGGAACGGUCCAAUGGACACGUCAAUUAGCGUUAGUAAAUAUUAGAUAGGAUAAAUGUCUCUGAACACAGCUUCAGGGUGAAUGGAAGUGUUGGUGGAGAGGAGCUUCUGUGAGGGUGAGUCUGCUGAAGUGUUUGUAUGACUGUUCAGACCGAAGGCCACAAGGAGGCAUCCUUUGGGUGUUCCUGCCAAGGGCUCAACCACAGGCAUCAGGGUGGGGGUCUAUUCAGUUUACACUCAGGGGGGGGUUUAGUCCAAAGCUAAACAUUUUAAUGGUAGAAUAUACUGUACAUCAUAUUACCUGAACCUUCACCUUCACCCAGGGACAGCACAUCAACAAGAGGGAAAAACACUUGUUUUAUCGUGAAAGGUAAAAAAAGAGAGAAUAUGCUAAGUUUAUGUACUUUGCGUAGGAACAACUCGACCGGUUCAACACAAAAUGAUGAGCGUGAGAUUCGAAUUACGUGAUAAAGUCGUCAUCAAAAACACAACAAUUAGAAAACAUAUUAUGGUGCAAAAUUAUCCCGAAAAUGUAAAACCUUCUGAGCCUUCUUAUUUCUGAGGCUUGACAGCAACUUUUCAAGGAAAGUACGACUUUUCUGAAACGGACAACGCUUUGGAUUGAAACUCUUCUCGUGUCUUAAAUCUGAAUUUUGGACUUAUGUUCUGAACUCUUGAAUCCACUGAACCUUGCAAGAGGUAGAGAGCACAACCGCUAACAGAUAACAGCUAACCGCUAACGGCUAACAGCUAACCCUUUCCCUCCGUCUCUCUUUCAGCUAUAACUAUAUACUAUUUCACAAUCUAGAAUGAUAAAUGUAUUACUGAGUAUAUUAUCGAUCCAUUUCCUUCAACAAAAGCACAUAAUGUCUGUAAUUGGUAAUCUUUGGGUCGUCUCUAGGCUACAUGAGAUUGUACCUCCUUGAGUAUUAAUAUCAUCUUGCUGGUGUUUCUAUGAUCGUUCUGGUUAUUGCAGGGUAUUUAUACAUUUUUGAGAUCUUUUCUUUUUGUAAUUUUUGAUAAUUGUUUCAAGGACUUUUGCGUUUCCUUUCUCUCGGUGGCGCACACUGGCGUCGGUGUGAGUGAGCGGGUCCUUUCCAUCCUUCUGUUUCAGUGGAGUUGACUGAGCAUGCUCCCCUUCAGCAACACCCCGAUCCGCCCUUUACUCACACUUUACUCGUUUCCCCUUUGCCAAAUAAUAUUUUUCUUUAAUUUUCUAUUUAUCCAUCAUUGCACUUUAAUUUGUGCGUUAUUUUGGUGUUUUUAGGGUUAUUUUUGCUCCAAAGCAGUGUGUCAUUAUUUCCACACAGGCUUUUCAUUUCUUCUGAACAUUACCAACGUAGCCUAAUAAUCAGUGUUUUUUAAUGUUCUGACUAGUGUAUAAUUGUUGGCGAUAGAAUUUAUAUUAAUCUAUUUAUUUUUGUGGUGAUAUGUAUAGAUAUUCUCAAUGGUAUAUUGUUUAGAGUUCCUAUACUUGUAACUUUGGGCUAAAAUAGCACAAACCUGCCUGGGACAAGUUGUCAGUAGCUGAAGUGCUGAGAGCAGGGCUGGACUGGAAAAAAAUACCCCACCCCCCCCAUACACACACACACACACCUUCCACCCUCCAUCCAUGGACCCCCCAAUUUGGACACCACCCCAUUUUCUUCUUGGGUCUGGUCAUCAAUUAUUUGGCCAACAGUUGCCAAUAAAUGAGGAUGACGCUCUUUGUCUGGCAGGACACAACUUUCAUCAACUGACUGAGCACAAAGGGGCGGGACUUGUUUUCCAGAUCAUCAUCAUCAUCAUCCUCAUCCUCAUCAUCAUCAUCAUCCCAAACCAAGCGCAAUAAUUCCAGAAAAUUGAUGUAGAAGAAGAACAUGGACAGAUCUCCAGCGGUCUCUGCGGUCCAGCCCCGGGGAGGGAGCUCAACGUGUCCGUGUCGGUGUUGUCGAUGUGGUAAAAAGUACAAAGUACAUCAGCCUUUGUGUGAAAUGUUUUCAAAUCCCUAAACGCGUCCUGAACUUAUAUUUGACCUUUUUUGUAAAGUGUUUGUGAAAACGUGGCCGUUCUUCGGUUCACGUUGUGAUGUGAAAGCCAUUUUGAAUCCAGCCAGAGGCACCGGCUCCUUUUGUCAGAACUACAGUGGAACCUGAACCGGACUCACCGGAAGGACAACGAGGAAGAGGAGAAGCAAUACAACAUUCUGAUCCCUGCUGGAAAAGACAAAAAAAUAUCAGUAUACAAAUAUAUAUAUAUAUAUAUAUAGAUAUAUUCAUUAAAAGUUCUAUAUGAAAA